AUGGAUAUGUUUAAAUUUAGAACAAAAAGUGGUCCAAGGAUUGAAAACCAACCUAUCCUAUCUUCCUCAUCAUCUGUGCCACAAGAGAAGAAAACUGAAACUUCAAAUGAUCAAAUAAUAUCAGAAAAAAUUAACACAAAAUUUGACACAACUAUUAUAUAUGAUAAUCUACAAGAUGCAAAUUCUGAUGUUAAUUCAGUAAAUGAUAAUAAUCCAGGAAAUGAUAUGAUCAAAGGACAACUUGGCAAAAAUAAAAAAACUCGUAGAAAAAAAAUUAGACAAACUGGGCUGAUUUUUACACCUCACAGGGGUGCCAAUUUAUAG